AUGUCCUGGGCUGUAGACUAUUCUCUGGCGCUGCUUCGAACAGCUACCUUGCAAGGUAUUCUAACAACAGUGAUCGCGGUUACCAUAUCAUAUGCCAUCCUGAGCGUGGUAUACCUGUUAAACUUCCAUCCGCUUGCAAAAUACCCUGGACCGAGGCUGGCAGCCGUAACUCGCCUGGUGCAUUCCUACCAUUUACUGUCGGGCACGGUAGUUCGGUUCGCCUACCAGGCACACGAAAAGUAUGGUUCGGUUGUCCGAAUCGCACCUGACGAGAUUCUGUUUACUUCCAGCAAGGCAUGGGAAGCGAUCUACGGCCUGCAGCCCGGGAGACUGGAGAUGAGCAAAGAUACACCACUGUUCCGCGGCCCGCGAACGCCUCAUGCCAUCGUGACAGCCGAGCACAAUCUCCAUCGACUCUAUCGGCGACUUCUCUCUAAGGGCUUCUCCGAGUCAGCCCUUCGAGAGCAAGAGCCCAGCAAGAUUGACCUGUUGAUGACCCAGCUGCAUAAGGCGGAAUUCAAAGGGGUGGCACCGGAGAUGACCUCCUGGUACAAUUCUUUCACCUUUGAUCUCAUCGGGGAGCUGGCUUUUGGGGAGUCCUUCGGGUGCCUGGAAAGCUCUACUUAUCAGCCCUGGGUGGCUAUGAUCUUCGAGGCCAUGAAGUAUCGAGGCUUCAUGCAGGCCCUGAGCUAUUAUCCAUCAGUCUCCGGAUUGCUUCUAGCACUGCUCCCCAAAUCCUACGCCCAGACCUUUGCCACGCACAAGCAGCUUACUCAUGAGAAAGUCCAGCGACGAAUUGAGAGAAAGGUAACUUAUAACGAUUUGACGGCCAACCUUCUGAAUCCUGAUCACAAACUCGAGCGAUACCAGAUUGAUGGCAAUUGCUCCACCCUAAUUAUCGCCGGAAGCGAAACCACCAGUGUCGCCCUGAGCGCGACAACCUACUAUCUGACGCAGAAUCCAGAAGCCAAAGCCAAGGUGAUCCAAGAAGUUCGCAGCACAUUUUCGAAGCCCGGCGAAAUCACUUCCAUCACAGUGCAUAAACUCGAAUAUUUGCCCGCUUGCUUUACUGAAGCUAUGCGAAGAUUUCCGCCCGGGCCCGCUGUCUUUCCCCGGCGGGUUCCCAAAGAGGGAGCCUGGGUUGCGGGCCACUGGAUCCCUGGGGGGAUGCAAGUUGGAAUUUGCCAUUUUGCAGCCAAUAACUCGCACCUCAACUUUAAGGAUCCACAGAAGUUCAUUCCGGAGCGAUGGUUGGGCGAUCCGGCGUACGCUAAGGACGAUCGGCACGCCAUGCAAGUCUUCAGCGUCGGGCCCCGCAACUGUCUUGGACAAAGUCUGGCCAAACUCGAGUUGCACCUGGUGCUGUGUCGAUUCAUUUGGGAGUUUGAUUGGGAGCUGUCCCCAGAAUCAGAGAAAUGGGACCUUGACACGCCUGUCUUCAACACCUGGGGAGUCAAACCUCUGCGCAUCUUUCUCACCCCGGCUUGUCACUAG